UAUCUGAGGAUGAAAUGUCAUUUGAUAGAGCACGCGCAAAUUGCCAAAAGCUACAAGCUGAUUUAGUUCAUAUUGAUAACGCAGACGAAAACACGUUCCUUACCAACCAUCUCAGUACACUAAAAGGUAUUAGCUUUUGGAUUGGACUCACAGAUGCUGACAGAGAGGGUGACUUUAAGUGGGUUGACGACAACUCAAGGAUAUCAUUUUCAGACUGGAGCCCAUCGCAACCUGAUAAUGGCGGGAAUAAGGAAGACUGCACACAUAUUUAUGCAAAGUGGGAUUAUAAAUGGAAUGACCUAAACUGUCUUACUCCUGUAAAGUAUAUUUGUGAAGAGAAAAAAGAUGAAAAGAAAAAACAGAAUAUCAACAGAAUCAAAACGUCAAAGAAUUUUCUAAAACUGAUAAAGGAGUCGUUUAAAUAUGUUUUGUGUUUUUCUUUAAAACCGAAUUGUGUAAAUUAUACAAAUUAAGAAUUGAAUUAUCUACUAUAUGUUUAGAUAUAACUUGAGGAUACGUCUUUUUAUAAUAAUGUAACUUCUAACUAUUAAUACAUUGUGUUGAUCAACCUCAAUAUAAUAUAAAAACA